AUGCGUGCCUUUAUUUUAUUCGUUGCGGUAUGUGUCUUCUCUGUUGUUAUGGCUUCGGAUGAUAAACCUCAAGCUAGAACGUUUGGUUUAUUUGAGGGAGCCUUAGGGUCAUCACUUGGAUUAGGAAGUUCGUUUGGUGCAGGAUACGGCGGCGGAGGAUAUGGUGGUGGAUAUGGAGGUGGCUAUGGAGGUGGAUAUGGCGGUGGAUAUGGCGGUGGAUAUGGUGGUGGAUAUGGAGGUGGAUAUGGUGGUGGUUAUGGUGGUGGAUAUGGUGGUGGUUAUGGUGGUGGAUACGGAGGCGGUUAUGGUGGAAAUGGCUUUGGAUCACCAGGCUAUGGUGGUGGUUACUACAGACCAAGGCCGAGCUUCGGAGGAGGCUUUGGAAAUGGUUUCGGUGGGGGCUAUCAUGGACAUGAAAGUGGUCAUUAUGGGGCAUCCUAUGGAUCUUCUUAUCAAGGAGGCUAUGGAGGAGGUUAUGGUGGAGGUUUUGGAGGACAAGGUGGAUUCUUUGGCUGA